AUGAAACAAUAUUAUUUAAUAAUUACAUUUUUAAUCGUUCUAACGACUAGUAUUAUUAUGUAUAUCAAUAAAUGGCGAAGUGGAUUGAAUUUUACAAAUAAACAUGCUUAUUUUCUAUAUCUUAAACCAAAAGAAAUAAACUCACAUAAUGAUUUAAUUAUAUCACAAAGCCAAUUUGAUAUUGUUAUUAGUUAUUAUUCGGAAGAUAUUGAUUAUGUUGCACAAUAUAUUCGAUAUUUACGAAAUGUUUCAAAUUUAAAAAAAUUUAAUCCUCGAAUUAUUGUUUAUAAUAAAAAUUCCAAAAUUAAUAAUGAAGUUUUGAAAAUUCUUUUAGAUGCAGAUAUUAUUCAAUUAUUACCCAAUUUAGGACGAGAAGGUGCAACAUAUCUUUAUCAUAUUAUUCAAAAUUAUCAUAGAAUUGCUAAUCAUACAAUUUUUUCUCAAGCUGGUGUUGAAGGUAUUACUAAUAAUGGUUUAGCUAAUUGGUAUUUAGAUCGAUUAGAAAAUCAAUUCAAUUCAUCAGUUGGAUAUAUGCCACUUGUAAAUAAUCAUAUGAUAACAACUUAUGAUUGUGGUUUACAUCGUACAGGAAAUUUUCCAAGAAUGGUACAAAUGUGGGCUAUGCUUCAACAUAGUUUAUGUCCACCAGGUGGACAAGCAGUUGCUUUUCGAGGUCAAUUUCUUGUAAGCAGAAAACGAAUACAAAAUCGUGAUUUAGAAAUUUAUAAAUAUAUGUAUGAUCUUAUAACAGCUAAUAGUUCUCAUUGGCUUCAUCGUGAUUUACGCUCUCUUUUCUUUAAAUCAACACCAGAUAAUCCAAUAUUUGGUCAUACAGUUGAACGUACAUGGACUGUUUUAUUUAAAUGUUCUAAACCUGAUCUACACGAUCGAUGUGAAAGAAGAGAAUGUGCUUGUUUUGAUGAAUCUUAA